AUGGAUAAAAAAAUCGAAAUUAAAGGUGAUCAAAUACAACAAGUUCAGAAACUUACAGUAGAAACAGAGUGUUUGGAGAAUGAAUUAAUGAAUAUUAAGUCUUCUAGGACUCGUGCAAACCAAGUUAUUCAAGAAUUUAAGAAACAAUUGCAAUCUGUUGCUUUAGACGUUGAUAGAAAGAAGGAAUCACAAAACGACAGAAUUAAAUAUCUUAAUCAUGCAAUUGAAACAGCAGAAAAAGAAAAAGAGCGAUUAAAUUCGAAAUUGAGACAACUUGAAAUAGAAGUUGAGUCUCAAAAAGAAAAAUAUGAGUCUCAAGUCGAAGCAAUGCAAUACCAAGCUCAUGAAAUCGAAACAAAUUUGAAAUCAAAGAUCCAAGUCGCUUUACACCAGCUUCGUGGUUUACGAGAGUUCCAAGAGCAUAAGCACCAAAUGGAUGAACAGAUGCGUAAUAUUUCACAACUUAUUUCGAAAGAAAGAAAAGAAAGAUUAGCAGAACAAUCUGCCAUUCAUAAGAAGCUUCAAGCGCAAAGAGAAUACUAUGAGAAACAGCUCUCUCAUGAUUUAGCAGAAGCUGACUCAUUUGCAACAGAGUUUCAAGAUUUACACCUUGAUUUGGCCACAACAAAGAUUCUACACGAGACAGAAGCUAAAAGAGAAGCUCUGAAGGCUGAUAACAAUAAUACACUUGAAGUCAUUAAGAAAAACGAUCAACUUCGCCAUCAAUUACAAGAUCUUGAACAACAAAGGCGUCUUCUAACAGAUACAGAAAAGAACUUAACAACACAGGCCGUAGAUUUCAAAUCAAAACUCAAUGAUACAGCUAAAAAGGUGGAAGAAGCCAUAGAAACAUCAAAUCAAAAAUUAGAUGCUUUGAGGAACAGAAUGAACAAUAAAAUUGCAGAACUAAAUGAGCGCUUAACAAAUGCUCAGCAAGAAAACGAUAAUCUUAAGCGCCAAGUGUCAUUACAAGAAAAAAGUUUGAAGCAUGCGGAAUUUAUUCGCGAUGAAAAACUUAGAAAGCAACAAGAACUUAUGUACGUAAUGAACGAAGCCGCAAUAUUCAUCUUAACAAGCCUAGAAUUGCAAGAAAAAGGCCCUACAAAAGAUGAACUCUCACAACACUCUUCCGGCUUAAAUGCUGUAAUCAGAAAACUGGCAAACAUUUCCCAGGAUAUGUCUGGUAUAGAGAAAAAGUCUGUAAAAUCAGAUAAAGACGAGAAAGCUGAUAAAAAGAUGUUAUCAAGACAAAAAACAUCAAAUACUGCUUCGGCGUCCGAGAGCCAGAGAACUUAUGGCCAAAAAGACAGCUCAACCCAAAAAUUCGUGAAAACUCAGAAGAAGUAA